AGACGACACUGCGGUCCAGCCCUCAUCAGAUUCUGAUCUGCAGUGUCAAACGGAACAAGUGAAAAUCUCAAUCCGACAGCCGAUUCCUCAGCUCUGUAAGCCGGUGUCACCGCAGUAAUGAAGUGUUUCGUUGCCCUUGUGCUCGCAGCCACGGUGCUGGUCGCCGAAGGAGGACUCAUCCCGUGGGUGCUUCCGCCCGGCCUCGCAAUCGCUGCACCGGCCGGCCUUGCCCUUCCCGGAGCGACCGUAAUCCAGUCCAAUCCGCCGCCGACCGUACUUGCCCUGGCCCCGGCCCCGAUUACGCUCGAUGUUUCCGGUGCGCCGGCCCUAGUCUUGGCCCCGGCUCCGGCCGCUCCAGCCGUUGUUGCUCUCGCUCCUGCCCCGGCGGCCACAGCCGUUUCUGCUACUCGUGGUGCCGUCCACGUUGCGCCCCUACCCGGACAUUCCGUUUCGCAGACCCAGCUCAAUCUAGCCCCGGCCCCUGGAACCGAGUAACGCCACCCGAACCCGAACAGCUUACGCCAAAGGCUGGUGCGUACCGCGAAGAUCUGUCGGCUUAGUCGCCCAUUUGUGACAGACCUCCGGAUGGUGCCGGCUCCCGUUUAAACCUCUGCCAAUCCGCUACUCCGAUGUAUCUGACCGAUACGCACAAAUAAAUGCAAGCUCGAAAGCCAAACCAGA